AUGACCAAUAUCUAUAUUUGGGUCCGGACCGCCCGUUCCCUUCAGUUUUUUUAUCCGACUAUCGAUGUGGAGGCCGAUGGGUUCGGUUGCUUCUAUGAGAUUUGUUUGGAAAUUGUUGGCUUGUUGGAGGAGUGCGAUAGGAUAAGUUUUGACGAAUUCGAGACCCUCUGCGAGAAUAGAAUAUCGGAAGUUUAUGUGGAAGCAAUUUUUCAAAAUGCUGUGGAACAAGGAAAUAUAAACGCCCGCCUAAAGCUUCUCACCUUCUCACUUCUCUUCGCAGGUCUCCAACAAAAAACUAAAGAUCUCACAAAUUCCAUCAGGUCGGACGUGGUCUUGACACGAAUUUCAAAGUAUUUUGGCCAAAUAUUCAAACUUUUGUUCCAAUUAGACGUGGGCCGCCGGUUACAGGACAGAGAAAUUGUGCACGCCAUUGGAAAUGGGCAGGGCUAUGAAUUCCUGGACACCCUAUUUGAGGGAACAGUAAAGCACAGACAUGGAAACUCGAACCAUCACGGCGUGCGCCCCCUUUCCCAUAUAAUCCCCCAAAUUCUCGAAAAAGCGAGCAGUAUAUCCCUACCAUUUUUGUGCAAUGAAAUCCGCCGACACCUUAUCAAAGACCCGUAUCAUAUUGAUGAGUUCUCAACUGACAAACCUGCUCAAAUAUUUUCGACGGCUCGCCGAACGACACUGGCACAUAAUAGUCGACGGGUGGUACACUUGCAUUAUAUCAAUCGAAUUGAAGUGCUGCGGAAGGAUGAAUUUGCGAAUGUUCACCUGAGAAUUUGUAAUGAUAAGAUUAAGGCGUCGUUCGUUUUUGUUCCGUUGAGAUGUGAAACCGUAUUCCUCGACAGACUUAUGUACACAAAAUGGAUAGUUCUUGGCGCAGUACGCGGCAUUGUAAUUGUUAAAAAUUGUCAAUCGACCCGAAUUUCGGUGAGCUGCGACCAGCUGAUUGUGCUCGAUUCGAAAAAUAUCGAAAUCUACGCCAUGUCGCCGAAGAAACCAAUAAUUUUCAACAGCUCUGCGGUAACUUUUGCCCCAUUUAACACGAUUUACGAGGGUCAAAUGGAGUUUUUGGAAGAGAAUGGGCAUGGGCUUGAGCACAAUUUGGUGUUAAAGGAGCCGAUAAAUUUUGGAGAUGGCUCGUGGAAAUUGAUGGAAACUUCGAGAUUUGUGUGUCAGCACACUCCACUUCACACCAGUGAUAAGCAAUUUGAGAUGCUCCUCAACUCCCUACCAGAAGAAUAUCGUGUGGCUCACCACCGAAAUGCCCAGGACGCUCAAAAAAUGAUCUCCUUGGACCCGGAAAAGUGCCGGCUCACCGAUGUCACUUCAAAUUUUGAUUUGUUAUUUUUAAAAUCGAAAAUCGAGAAAAUCCACGUGGAAGCCUGAAAAAAACAUCUUCCAUCGUGCACCAGAAGAAUUUUGGUGGCCGAAUUUCGGAUUUCUAGGUCAUAUCAAAAUUGUGAUGUUUUUUUUUUUUCAUUAUUGUGAUUACUGUCAAAACAGAAUGAUCGACCUGCAAAUUUUGCGCCGCACAGAAAAAGAGGCGGGGCGUCGUUUUGCAAACAUUCGGCGCGCCGCGUUGUACGAUUUUUGAACAAAAUGCUCGAUUUUGGUGCGUUUUCGCACGGAUUUCUGGCUUCCCUCAUAAAUUAAUAUGGAAGAGUUUUUGCCGAACUAGGCCAGGCCAUAUCUGGAGUAGAUUUACGGCGCGUUGCGUGCCGCGUCGCGGCUCGAUUUUAGUUGUAAAAAUAAAUGUAUUUGUCCGUGUGAAGUACACGACUUUCCCACGCGUUUUCCGGCGGGCGAUUGUCAAUGGAGCGCAGAAAAUUCAAUGAGGAAGGCCAGAACCCUGUAGAGGAAUUUUUCGAAAUUUUCAACAUUUUCGAAAUAUUCCAGAACCCCGUGUGGACUCCAACGGCCGGCGCGCCGCAGAUUUGCAAAACUACGCUCCGCCUUUUUUUCUGUGCGACACUUGCAAAAAAAAAACGGCUCGAUCAUUCUGUUUUGUCAAAAACAAUAUUUAUUUUAUUCGCCGUAAAAAUCAGAAAAAUCAAUAAAACCAAGUGUAAAA